ACGCACGUUAGCAUUGUAAUGCUACUAAAAAAAAAAUCCCAGGAAAAAAAAAAACACCGAUGUAAUUUCACAUUGAAGAUUAGGGUUUCGUGUCCUUCGUUCUUUUUUCUCUAUUGGGUCUCUCACUUCAACCUUCCUGGAAUUAGAAAAAGCUCAAAGCUUUGAAAUUCGUUAAGGAGAAAAAAUAUAUAUUUUGGGAACUUUGAGGGGAAAAGAUGGAUGAAGGAGAGGGAGGGGAUCAGAUGGACCUGUUCCAUAGAAACGAAGCGAUCUCAGCCGUUGCUGACGAGGGUUUUUUAGGUGAAGAAGAUGAUGAUUAUGAUGAUCUUUACAAUGAUGUUAAUGUUGGGGAAGGGUUUCUUCAAUCUUUAAGCAAAAAGGAAGAUUUAGGUUUUAGAAAUGAGGAAACUAAGAAUAGUGCUAAUAGGAAUGAUAAUAGUAUUAAUAAUAAUAGUGGUGGGAAAGUUAGUGGGUCACCAAUUGGUGCACCGGAUUGUGGUGUUUCAAUUCCCGGAGUUGCAGGUUCUGGUGAAAGAGGGGAUUCUAGGGUUUCUUAUGAGAGUCAAGGGUUUAGAGGUGGCGGUGAUGUGAAGGUACCUAGUGCAGGAGUUGCUGGUGGUGGAGGUGGGCUUAGGGUUGAAUUAGCGCAGUCAUCAAGUAAGUUGAAUGAGAUGGCUGUGGAGCAGAGUGGGAAUAAUAAUAGUAGUUUAGGUGGUGUAGGUGGUAUGGGACAGCAGGGACAUGGUGUGGGAAAUGCGGGGAGUGUUGAGAAUGAGGGUUUGACGAGGCAAGGAGUAGGGGGUGGGAGUGUAAAUGGUGUUGGCCGUGGCGGUGGUUCUAUGAUUGAGAAUGGGGGUGGAAAUGUGGGUGCUGCUGGUGCUGUUGCUGGUCCUGGUGUUGGUGCAAGUGGGGGAAGUGGUGUUGGUGGUGGUGGUGGUGGUGGUGGGACGAUAUUGUUUGUUGGUGAUCUGCAUUGGUGGACGACAGAUGCUGAACUGGAGUCAGAGUUGUGCAAGUAUGGACCCGUGAAGGAAGUGAAGUUUUUUGAUGAGAAAGCAAGUGGAAAGUCAAAAGGAUAUUGUCAGGUUGAGUUUUAUGAUCCAGCCGCAGCCACAGCUUGUAAGGAGGGAAUGAAUGGACAUAUGUUUAAUGGAAGGCCUUGUGUUGUUGCCUUUGCAUCACCAUUUACUGUUAAGAAAAUGGGAGAGGCUCAGUUAAAUAGGAAUCAGCAGAUGACACAGUCUUCUCUUUCGCAAGCUAGGAGGGGCCCUAAUGAUACCGGGGGUAAGACUGGUGCCAGUAACAUUCAAACUGGUGGGAAUUAUCAAGGUGGGGAUAAUAAUAGAGGUUAUGGAAGAGGGAAUUGGGGAAGAGGCAAUUCUCAGGGGAUGGGAAAUAGAGGGCCAAUUGGUCCUAUGAGGAAUAGGGGUGGUGGGAUGGGCGGUAGAGGUAUCAUGGGAAAUGGUGGAAAUGGAUUUGGACAGGGUAUUGGUGCGACACCUCCUCUCAUGCACCCCCAGUCAAUGAUGGGUCAAGGUUUUGAUCCUGCUUUUGGGGGACCCAUGGGAAGAAUGGGUAGUUAUGGAGGCUUUCCUGGUGCUCCAACACCUCCCUUUUCGGGGAUUUUAUCUUCGUUCCCUCCUAUUGGAGGAGUUGGUCUGCCUGGAGUUGCUCCUCAUGUUAACCCUGCAUUUUUUGGAAGAGGUAUGCCAAUGAAUGGUAUGGGGAUGAUGCCCACAAGUGGUGUAGAUGGACCAAAUAUGGGAAUGUGGUCAGAUCCCAGCAUGGGAGGAUGGGGUGGUGAUGACCAUGGUGGUGGGAGAGCUGGAGAGUCUAGUUAUGGGGAGGAAGCUGCAUCUGACCAUCAAUAUGGCGAGGUUAGUCAUGAUAGAGGUUGGCAAAAUCCCAUGAAAGAAAAAGAUAGAGCUUCAGAAAGGGAGUGGUCUGGUUCAUCUGAAAGAAGGUAUCGUGAUGAUAGAGAACAGGGGUAUGAUAGGGACAUGCCUAAGGAGAAGGAUAUGAGCCAUGAUUGGCCAGAAAGAAGGCACCGGGAUGACAGAGACAUUGGUCAAGAACGUGAUAGGGAGCGUGACAGGGAUAGGGAGCGGUCUCGAGAUCGUGACCGCGAUCGUGAUAAGGACAAGGAUAGGAAUCGAUAUAGAGAAGACAGAGACAGAUAUGCAGAUCAUCAUAGGUACAGGGACCGUGAGCCAGAGCAUGAUGAUGAUUGGGACAGGGGACGGUCAUCAAGGACUCACAGCAAGUCACGAUUAUCACAGGAGGAGGAGCAUAGGUCAAGAUCUAGAGAUGCUGAUUAUGGGAAGAGGCGACGGCUUACUUCAGAGUGACUUACCUCAUGCUUCUUAUAGCUGAAAUUUUCUGUUAGAAAAAUUGAAAUAAGAAUCAGUAACUACAGAAACCUUGGAUUCAUCAUUCUCUUUUGAUAUCUCUCUCAACUGGUGGUGUUGUGGUCAUCAAUUCAUCAGCCCUUCUUAGUUCAUUGUCUGAAUUUGUUGCUUGGUUCUCUUCCCUUGGAAGAUGGUCUCAAUUUUCCAUGAAAGAAGAACACGGUUCCUAAUUACAGAUGUUACAAAUUUCUUUGAUUUAUAGCUUGAAGGUAUUUGAUCUUGAGAUUUGAAGAUGUUCAGCAGAACUAUGGGUAUCUUGGAGAUGGAGAUGAUCUCAGCCUCGAAAAUUUGAGAGAGACAGUAGAUGGCGUUUCCUUUUGCCAUCAUUCAUGUAGAAGUGGAACACAUGCUUUUAAGCUUUCAGCUUUCUUUUGCAGUUAUGUUUAAGUUAAUUAACACUUGAUGAAACCAAUGUUGUGGAUGAUAUUAUGGCUUGAAAUUGCUGAAGUCUGAGAUAUGGUGGAUUAUUUCAGAACUUAAAAGUUUGAAUGUGAUGUAAUAGUAGGAUUUAGUUGAGGAUGUUGCUGAUGUGCAUUUUCUGUUGGCUACUUGUUGUAUCGUUUAUUUACCCCUGUUUGGGUUAGUUUUAGCUUACCAUUAUGUUAACCUUGCCAUUUUUUGUG